AUAGAAGUACUAAUCUAGAAAAUAAACAUUGAGGAAAAGUCUAAUUUUGUCUGGUUUAUGUGAUUUUUUUUCAAUGUCAAUACUUGAAAUGAGAUUCUAGUUUCGAUAACGGCUCAAGAAAUCGCUGACUGUGCAUGUUUUGUUUAAAUUGCGACUGGAAGUUAGCAGUAAAAUGUUAUGACAUGUUAGCUAUACACCUGCCGUUCUAAAAAUGCCCUCAGCUCAUUCCUUCUCACCGUUCACAGAGUUAAAUUUUAGAAUGGGGUUUAGCCCGCUGUGCUUAUUUUCAUAUUAAUCAGACCUGUCAGCUAAAUGAGGAGCUAUCGGUCAUCUGUCGGUGUACGCGGACGUUUAUUUUUCUAGCAGCGCCGGAAUAAAUUGUAAACAACGAAUGCAUGCAGAAAUUUGGUCUGAGUCUGCGUUUUUGUACGUUUAUGUCCUUCGAUUAAGAUAAAGCAUUAGUAUUAUUACAAGAAGAGAUGGUUGCCAGAUCCAAACUAGUCAAAACCUUAACUUAAACAGGACUAAACCAGGACUAUAUUCUUAAAACAACAAGAACAAAACCACUUUGUCAACUGCACAAUCUUGAUACAUCUCAUUAUAUUUUUCUAGGCUUGGGACAGGCCUAAAUAGUCCUCUGAUUGAAAGUUGUAGCAGCAUUAGAAUUAGAUUAAACUGUGGACUAAACCAGGACUUAAAGCUGAACCGAACCGAGUCUAAAGCAGGAUUUUAUUGAUCUAAAAAAGAGAGAGAGUUCUUGAAAUCUUUAGGAGAAGAGAUGGUUGCCAGAUCCAAUUCUAGACCUUAACUUAAGCGGGACUAAACUAUGGACUAAACCAGGAUUUAAAGCUGAACUGAACCGAGUCUAAACCAGGAUUUUAUUGAUCUAAAAAAAGAGACAGGUUGUUUGUUUUUGAAGAAGAGAUGGUUGCCAGAUUCAAGCUCGUCAAGACCUUAACUUGAGCGGGAUUAAACCAUGGACUAAACCAGGACUUAAAGUUGAACCGAACUGAAUCUGAACCAGGAUUUCAUUGAUCUAAAAAAGAGAGAGUUGUUUGUUUUUGAAGAAGAGAUGGUUGCCAGAUCCAAUUCCAGACUUUAACUUAAGCGGGACUAAACUACGGACUAAACCAGGAUUUAAAGUUGAACCAAACCGAGUCUAAACCAGGAUUUCAUUACUCUAAAAAAGAGAGAGUUGUUGUAGUUUUUAGAAGAGAUGGUUGCCAGGUCCAAGCUCGUCAAGACUUUAAUUUAAGUGGGAUUAAACCAUGGACUAAACCAGGACUUAAAGGUGAACUGAACCGAGUCUAAACCAGGAUUUCACUGAUCUAAAACUGUUUGCGUAACCAUUUCAUUUUGUAUGCCCUGCUUCUGUGUCAAAACUUCCAAGUUGUAGCAGCAUUUGAACCAAACCGGGAUUAAACUAUGGACUAAAUCAGGACUUAAAGCUGAACUGAACCGAGUCUAAACCAGGAUUUUAUUGAUCUAAAACUGUUGGUGUACCAUUGAAGCUUGUAUGCCCUGCUCCUGUGUCAAAACCAUGGGCAACUCCAUCGGUUGUGUAAGGCCUCCACCUUCCGAGGGGCAGCACCCUGGAGCGGCCCCCCAUUCGCCAAAGAGGCGGCUGCGAUUUCGACGAAAACAUAAAAACAAGAAAUCCAAAAAGGGAGAAGUUGACGUAGAGGAAUACAAAACCAAUCAGGAACCAGAGGAGGAAAAGAACGAAGAAUGUACGGACCAAAAACCGACCGAAUUCGAAGUUAGCAAACCUAGUCUUCUAACAGUGCCUGCCCAUUCGCAAAGCAAUACUCUUUUGCCGAUGGUUUACGGAAGUAGGACUCUUGAUUCGUCUCCUAAACCGAGCCCGGCGUGGAAAGGCGUCUUCUGUUAUCCCGGUGAGGAGGAUUCCGUUAGUGCGAUUGUGGAUGUUUCCAGUAUUCCCAGUCAAACCACGACAACUUCCCCAGUCAACACUGCUCCUCCGCUGGGCAGCACGACUCCAGGUGGGGGCAGGGUGCUUCGGAUCAAGGGGAAAGUGCAAGGCGUGGUGGAAAAACCUUGGAUUUUACGAGCGAAGAAGGAGAAAAAGGAUAGCGGAAGUGAAAAGAACGGAUGUUAAGACGAAACGGAUACAGGAACGGACUUCUCGCGCUAAAACUCCGUCGGAAAAAGAGCGCAAAGGUGUGGUUCAUAUUCGGGAAGUAGAUGGAAAACUUUGCGUAGUUAGGACGGUUUAUCCA